AUGAAAGAGCAGUGCGAAAAAUUGCAAAAUCUGGGCUUUAAGGCGUCAUACAUUGGAAAAGACCUACAAGAUACAGAUUCACUUGAACAGGGCUUGUAUGAUUUUGUGUUUGGAAGCCCUGAGGUCUUCCUCAAUAACAGCAAGUGGAGAACCAUGUUGAAGUCGGACAUCUACCAGAUUAAGUUACAGUUAAUAGCAGUUGAUGAAGCUCAUACGGUUACACAAUGGGGAGAAGGAGACAAGAAAGAGGAGCCCUUCAGAGAGGCAUUUGCUCACAUUGGAGAAUUGAGAUCACUGUGCCCCAAAGCAUCUUUACUUGCCCUUACUGCAACAUCUGGACCAAGUCAACGAAGGAAAAUUAUGAAAAUGUUAUGUUUUAGUGCAAACUCUGAAGUUAUAUUAGAUUCACCAGAUCGAGAAAAUAUUAAGAUAACAUCAUUGUGUAUUCCAAAUUCAGAUAAUUUAGAAAAAGUAUUCCAUUGGUUGAUUGAUAUAUUGAAGACCCAAAAGCCAAAAGCUGAGAGACACAUUAUUUUUUGUGAAAGUAUUGCAGAUGUUUCCAAGAUCUACACAACAUUUGUUAAACAUUUUGGCAAUGAUUGUCAACAUUUUGAAAUGUUUCAUAGUAAAACAGAUGAGAAAGUGAAAGAAAUCAUUUCUUAG